AAUAAUUGUAAAUUUACACUAGAAAAUUCUACACAUCAACUUUUUCGUUAAAUUUCUUAAAAUGAUACUUCUAAUUUCAUCUACUAACUUCUCCUUUGGUGAUAUCACCAACUUAUAACUUGUUGUAUAUUCUAUCUUUUCAAUUUACCAGAUAAAUCUUUAUCAGAGUUAUAAUCUAAUUUAUUUCGAUUAUAUCUGAGGAAUUUGUCACUUUUAUCCACAAAUCCUUUAACACUAAACAAAAUCUAUUCUAACUCACUGUACACUUAUGGAGGACGUAUCGGCGUAUUCGGAUCGUUUUGCUAUAAAUGACGGUUUAUCUGAUGUACAUGAUGAGCAAUGUAAUCAGUUGUUGAGUGACCGUUACUGCGUUCAGUUUUCGGAGGUUUCGGAGCUGAUCCGUUCGAUGAAAACAUUUUCGGAUGACAAGAUCAUCGAGAUUAUGCACGACUAUUACAAUGAAUUGGGGCUUAACGAGUACUACUUUAGCUCAUCUCCCACUGCGUUGAUUGCCAAUAACGUAAUCUCAGUGAUGUCGGCGAAGGUUUUGCACGAAAACUCUGGCUCAAACUUUUUCCCCACCAUUGAACAGAUUACUGAGGACUCAGCGUUUAUAAUUGCGAGAACUUCAUCGGUAAAUAGAAAGUCUUCAGAGAAUUAUCUAGUUGAGCAGCGUGUUGAGGGAAAGUACUUUAACCUUGACGAUGACAGGAAGACUUGCUGGCGUAUGCAGUGUUUUCGUUCAUCAGGCUCAGUGUUUAAGGAAACUGAGCAUAUCUUUGAUAGACUCAAAACUUACUUUUUACAAAAGCCGAAAUUUACGGUAAAUAACCCCGACCCCGGAGAAACUGAACUUGCAAAUUUGCUUGACCGAGAAUUUUAUUUAAAUAAGAAAAAUACCAUCACUGAACAGAUUUUUCAUAAUUUGAAUAAAAAAUUAGUUGAAUCGAAGACUGGGUUAGGAUUGGCAAUUAAUUAUGAGCCAAGAAAUGACAACGUUUUCAGGCUUGAUAUUGCCUUCAAACGUGGGCAUGUGCACAGGGAUUUAUACUCUAGAAUCUCAGACGCAAUUACCUUUCACGAUCUCUACUCUAAAUCAAAGUAUCUCGAUCCCCUUUCCAACAAAGUUUGUAUAUUUACCAGUUUUCUAACUUGUUUGCCACCUAAUCAAUCGAAAAUUGAUUUACCAAUAAAGGAGAGGAUGAGUAGCUUAAUAGACUCAAUAGUGUUAUCUAGCAUUGUUCCAAGUUCUAAAAUAUCAAUUUUGAAUGUGGAUAGAGUUUUAAGUUUCUACGAGUCAACUUACAGUUACUGUGUAUCAACUUUUAUUCAGCACUUUAGUGGAAGUGUUGGUCCAUAUGUUUCAACAGUUGAUAACAUGGCCAAGAAUAAUCAAGUUUCACAGUCUGAAUUGCACGAAAUUAAAUCGAAACUAAAGAUUCAACCAUACACGCCACUUCAGAUUUAUACCGCAAUUUCAAAUAACCCGGAAAUUGUUAAAAUGUUAUAUAAACAUUUUGAGAUACUACAUAAUCCCAAAUUACAAUCACAAGAUGAAAAUGUAAAAGGUAUGGAAAAUCCUGUUCUCACUGGUAAACUAUCAAAAGGCAGUAGUGGCAUGGAUAACUCUGUAAAGCCUAACUUAGUAAACGAUAAUUCAGUGGAGAGCAGCUCACCGGAAAAUGGUUCACCAGAAAAUGUAAUUGAGAGUGACCGUGAUUUUGACAGCAGCACAGAGUACAGUUAUUCGACAGUUCCCAUGCGUGGCAAGAGUGUUUUAGAAGCUGAAAGCUUAGCAAAGAAAAUUAUAAGAACAAUCAAACAGCUAGAAAAUUUAGAAGAAAUCGAUAUACUGCUGUAUUUCAUAAAGUUCAAUAAUCACACACUACGUACAAACUUCUUUGUUCCGAAUAAGAUAUCGCUUUCGUUCAGAUUCAAUUGCGGAUUCCUGUCAAAAUUAGAUUACCCGAAGGUGCCUUACGGGAUUGCACUUAUAAUUGGGCCUCACUUCAUGGGAUUUCAUAUUCGAUUUUCAGAGAUUUCACGUGGCGGCGUUCGUGUAGUGCAGUCGUUCUCAGAGGAAGCUUAUACGAGGAAUAAGUUGCAGAUUUUUGAUGAGGCAUAUAAUCUGAGUUUCACCCAGAGUUUGAAGAAUAAGGACAUACCUGAAGGCGGCAGCAAGGGCGUUAUAUUGCUGGAGAAAACAAGCACUAAAUAUAAGGCGGAUUUGUACACCCGAACGAGUUUUAUGUGUUACAUUGAUGGGAUACUGGACUUAAUAUUGCCAAAUAAGCACAUAGUAGACUUGUUGGGAAAGGAUGACAUAUACUUUUUGGGUCCAGAUGAGUUUACGGGCACUGGAGGUUUAAUGGACUGGGCAUCCCAGUAUGCAAAGUUUAAGGGACUUAAGUAUUGGAGGAGUUUCACGACAGGGAAAGCACCUCAACUGGGGGGAAUUCCACACGAUAUCUACGGAAUGACGACAACGUCAAUUGAAGCCUAUGUGACUGGAAUACUUAAUAAGUACGGGUUAAAAGAAGAGGAAGUAACUAGGUUUCUAACUGGCGGGCCUGACGGUGAUUUGGGAAGUAAUGCAAUUAAAGUGUCCAAUACUAAGACCCUAACAGUUUUGGAUAAAAGUGGCGUGCUCCAUGAUCCAAAUGGUCUUGAUCUCAAUGAGCUCAGAAGACUGGCUUUUCUACGUGAUACAACUCACCUUUCCGCAACUGAUAACCCCAAUAACGUUACUUUAAACCAUAGUAACUCAAGUCUCCAGAGGUCUAGUUCACUGGAGGGCGAUGAGGAAUUAUUGGGUGCUAGGUUAAAAACAUGCUCUAUGGGAUAUGAUAAGAGGUUAUUGUCUAGUAAGGGAUUUAUGGUGCCUGAAGAAGCAAUGAAUGUGGUUUUGCCUGACGGGUUUGUGGUCAAAAACGGGUACAAGUUUAGGGACGAGUUUCAUUUGAGUAGCUAUGCCAAGGCUGACUUGUUUUGUCCAUGUGGUGGUAGACCUAGUUCAAUCACUCCCUUUAACGUUAACCGUCUGUUUGACGAAAAGGGUAAAUGUCGCUUCAAGUUCAUUGUUGAAGGAAGUAACGUCUACAUCACACAGAAUGCCAGAAGGUUCCUGGAGUCAAAGGGUGUAAUCCUGUUUAAAGACGCCUCAACGAAUAAAGGUGGCGUUACGAGCAGUAGCUAUGAAGUACUACUUUCGUUGGUGUUGGAUGAUGAGACUUAUGAAAGAGUGGCAGUUGAGCGGGAUGGAAAUGUGCCUGAGUUUAGAAAAAAGUACGUAAAUGACAUUAUGGAAAUAAUAAGGAAGAAUGCCACUCUGGAGUUUGAAGCACUAUGGUCAGAGGGCUUAAGGACUGGUAUUCCAAGGUGUGACCUGACAGAUGUUCUAUCAGAUAAGAUCAACGCCUUGAAAUCGAGGAUUAAAUCAUCAAACACACUGUUUAAUGAUAAGGAGCUAGUUCACACAGUGUUAAGUAGAUGUGUUCCUGCUUCAUUGUUGGAGUUGGUAACUGUGGAGAAAAUAGUGGAACGAUUACCUCAGAUAUAUUUGAGAGCCUUAUUCGCGUCAUACAUAGCUUCAAACUUCUAUUACAAGGAAAAGUUCUCUGAUGACACUUCAGUGUUUGCUUUUUACGAGUACAUUACGUCUCUGAAGGACCCUGCUGGGCACAAAAAUCAUUAUGAGGAGUUUUCAGACGACUCGCCAUUUUCCACAAUGGGUUUAAAACUCACCAAUCACGUCUAACACACGCCAUUAAUAUAUGUUUAUACUUA